AUGUUCGGGGCCCGGUGCCUGCUCCGAGCCCUGCGCUCCUGCACCUCAGCCCCCUGCCCGAGACACAAACCUUCCGCCAGACUGAGCGUUCGGGACGCGCUCGGGGCCCGGAGCACGAAUGGGGAGCGCGUUAAGGUCCAGGGUUGGAUUCGUUCAGUCCGAUCCCAGAAGGAAGUGUUAUUCCUGCAUAUAAAUGAUGGAUCAUCUUUGGAAAGCCUUCAAGUUGUAGCUGAUUCAAGCUUUGACAGUAGAGAACUGGCUUUUGGGAGUUCUGUGGAAGUUCAAGGGCAGCUGGUGAAAAGUCCAUCCAAAAAGCAGAAUGUGGAACUGAAGGCAGAAAAAAUUGAAAUUGUUGGAAAUUGUGAUGCCAAGGCUUUUCCUCUUAAAUAUAAAGAGAGGCAUCCUCUGGAGUAUCUGAGACAGUAUCCCCACCUCAGGUGCAGGACUAAUGCUCUGGGUUCCAUACUGAGGAUUCGCAGUGAAGCCACAGCUGCUAUUCAUUCUUUCUUUAAGGACAGUGGCUUUGUCCAUAUUCAUACUCCAAUAAUCACAUCCAAUGACUGUGAAGGGGCUGGAGAACUGUUCCAAGUUGAACCUUCAAGUAAAAUUAAGGUGCCUGAGGAGAAUUUCUUCAAUGUUCCUGCUUUCUUAACUGUUUCGGGACAACUUCACCUAGAAGUGAUGUCAGGAGCUUUUACUCAAGUGUUUACCUUUGGUCCAACAUUCCGAGCAGAGAAUUCUCAGAGCCGGAGACACCUGGCAGAGUUUUAUAUGGUAGAAGCAGAGAUUUCUUUUGUUGAGAGUCUUCAAGAUCUCAUGCAGGUUAUGGAGGGGCUCUUCAAGACUGCAACAAUGAUGGUUCUUUCAAACUGUACUGAAGAUGUUGAACUCUGUCACAAAUUCAUAGCUCCUGGUCAAAAGGACAGAUUAGAACAUAUGCUAAAAAACAACUUUUUAAUCAUUUCUUAUACUGAAGCAGUGGAGAUCUUAAAGCAGGCAUCUCAGAACUUCACCUUCACCCCAGAGUGGGGUGUUGAUCUACAUACUGAACAUGAAAAGUACCUGGUGAAACACUGUGGCAACAUACCAGUCUUCGUCAUUAAUUAUCCAUUAGCACUCAAGCCUUUCUACAUGAGGGAUAAUGAAGAUGGCCCUCAGCACACAGUUGCUGCUGUUGAUCUUCUGGUUCCUGGAGUUGGAGAGCUCUUUGGAGGAAGCCUCAGAGAGGAACGGUACCAUUUCUUAGAGCAGCGACUGGCCAGAUCAGGACUAACGGAAGCCUACCAAUGGUAUCUGGACCUCCGUCGAUUUGGAUCUGUACCACAUGGAGGCUUUGGGAUGGGAUUUGAACGCUAUCUGCAGUGCAUCUUGGGAAUUGACAAUAUCAAAGAUGUUAUCCCUUUUCCAAGAUUUACUCAUUCGUGUGUUUUAUAG